GGGAACGCGGGGUUGAACGUGCCGCGGGUAGGUUGUGCCGAUGGCAAUAUCUCCGAGAGUAAAAGAGAUAGAUACAUUUUGUUGCUUCGUCCUGAAAUGUUUUACCGCCACGCACAGUCGGCGGCCAUCUUAGUUGCGUCAGAGCCGCGCUCUGAGUAGCUCGCUGCCACGUGCUGUUUCGAUGUCACAUGCAGACUUUGCUCCGUCUUUUGUCACCGAUCGCCCAGAACCAUCCAUAGAUGUAGUAGCUGCACCUGGCCCAUCAGGACUGCAACAAAGUGCUAACAAAACUGUUCUAGACACCGCCCCGGAUGCCUUUCAAGAAAGCUCCAAUCAAGAUGCUCAAACUUCUGGCACUGAAUUUACAGCUCGCAAUGACGAUCCUCAGCCAGGUACGUCUAAAGAUCCCCCCUUCACACCAGAAAUCAUCAGACCGUUACCCAAAGCUCCACCUCGGACCAUGGCAAGAAACAAACGGAGAGUCAGGAAAAGCGCCAUUCUUACCGAUACCCCAGAAAAGAAUGCAAUAGCCGAAGAACAGGCCAACAAGAAACAAAGGAUUGAAAAGGUUACAACAAGCAAGAAAGGGAAAGGAAAACAAACUAAAGCAAAAACAAAAGCCGGAAAAAAUACUGCAAAAAGAAGAGUUCUGCAAGAGGAAAAUGAAGAAGACGACGACGAGUGCUAUUGCCUUAUUUGUUGUGACUCUUAUUCGAACUCCCAACCAGGAGAACAAUGGAUUCAAUGCAGUAUAUGUAAGAAGUGGUCACACUCAAAGUGCGUGCAUGACGAAAAUUGUGUAACUUAUACUUGCCCAAAUUGCUUUUCAGACUACUCUGACUCUGACUGAUUAAUGGUAAAAAAAUUGUUUAUUUGUUGAUUUUCACUUAAAACUGAAUUGUUUGUGAUAAAUAUUUAUCUAAAAACAAGAAAAAUGCUUGUUUUGUUAAAGUAGAUAUAAAAGUAGAUACAUAGUAUUAAGUUUUAUGUUUUAUUAUUGAGUCAAAUAGAUAUGUAACUGAUUGAUCUCAUUAUAAAGUACAAAAGUCAAGCAUAAGAUGCUAAUUUAAGCCUUUAAGCUAUAAGACUGUUACCAUGUUGAUGAUUAAAUUGUAUUUCCGAGUUAUUGUUUUGUUUUGUUCCUUUGCACACGGAUUUAUCGGUUUUUACAUACUUUAAGGAGAAGCGGCACAACUUGCCCGACUACCGGCACAAGUCGCCCCACGAUGGGGUAAAUUGUGCUCCUCUGACUUUUCGUAUAAAAUUGGCCAUAAAAUAAUUUGUAUGAAAUUUACCUAAAAAUAGCAUAUGGGUACAAAAACUACAUAAAAUUUUACAUGAUCUACGUUACAUAGUAUAAGUAUAUCUUUCAGUUUAAUACGAAAUAUGUCUCGUUUCCUUAAAAUCGGCACGUUGAACCCCGCUCUCCCCUAGGU